AUGUCUUUAAAUAACGUGAUGUUGACAACUCCUGAAACAUUUCAUAUUAAAGAAACAAUAAAUGCAGAGAGUGAACACUCAUGUAGACAUGAGAAAGAUCCUGAAGUAUUCAAAGAUAAGCUCUUUUCAAUUCCUCAGAACAUACCAGAUGCGUCUUUAUCUAUCGCUAAAGAUAACUGUAUUGUUUCAGAUAUAGUACAAAAUAAUACAAAGACAGAAAUAAAUAAUUCAGAAAAAUCAAAUGAAUCUUUUUAUAAUCAUUGUUCACAUAUUUUACAAUCUAAACAAUUAGAAACUAAACACAAUGAUAACAUAAAUUUAUUACAAAAUAAUAUGUUUUUAGAGCAUCCAAAAAAGUAUAAUACAUAUAAAUCAAACACAGAAUACUGGAUUGAGAAAGGAUCAGCAAAGAAGACGAUCGAAGUUAAUGAAGAAAAUGGAAUUGUAUCAAAAGUUAUAAAAAAAAAUAUAAAAGAUUUCAUACUUGGACGUACACUUGGAGAAGGAUCUUAUUCGACAGUUAUUGCAGCAAAAGAUAAGCAAACAUCAAAAGAAUAUGCAAUUAAAAUUCUCGACAAAAGACAUAUUAUUAAAGAAAAGAAAGUUAAAUACGUUUACAUAGAAAAAGAUACAUUAAAUAAACUUGGAAACCAUCCAGGAAUUGUUCAGCUAUAUUAUACAUUUCAAGAUGAAAGAAAUUUAUAUUUUGUUUUAAGCCUUGCGUCAAAUGGAGAACUUCUUAAUUUUGUUAAACAUCUUGGUUCAUUAAAUGAAGAGUGCACACGAUAUUAUGGUGCUCAAAUUUUAGAUGCUGUACAUUAUAUACAUAGCUGUGGUAUUAUUCACCGUGACCUUAAACCUGAAAAUGUAUUACUUGAUGACAAAAUGAAAAUUAAAAUUACAGAUUUUGGUACUGCAAAAAUACUAGAAUCUCCUACAAAAACUAUUAAUGAAAUCCCUGAAGGAAAAAAUGGGAAUAAUAUUAAAGAAAACGAAAACAAACUUUCUAGAGCAAAUUCGUUUGUUGGAACAGCAGAAUAUGUAUCUCCAGAGCUAUUAAUAGACAAAGUAGCAUAUAAAAGUUCCGAUAUAUGGGCAUAUGGAUGCAUAAUAUAUCAACUUUUUGUAGGACGACCACCUUUUAAAGCAUCAAAUGAAUACCAGACAUUUCAAAAAAUUAUUAAUCUUAAGUAUCAAUUUCCUUCAAAUUUUCCACCAAAUGCUAAAGAUCUUUGCGAACGGAUAUUAAUCCUCGAUCCUCAAAAGAGAUUAACUAUAGAAGAACUUAAAUCUCAUAAAUUUUUUGAUGGAAUGCCAUGGGGAAAAACUCUAUGGAAAACAAACCCUCCUAAACUAAAACCAUAUAAAGUUUCUACUAUUACAGAAAGUCCACAUAAACCUUCGAAUAUUAUAAAAUUGGAUUCAGGUUCGCCUUCAUCUUUACCUAAUACACCUAAAUUAAAAAAACAUAAACAACGUUCAUCUCAUUUUUCACAAACUGUAUAUGAACAAAAUAUAAACGAUACAACAUUAUCUGAAUUGGAUAAACUUUGGUCAUCAGUUCUUGAUUUACCUAAUGAACGUCUUUUACGUCUUGGGCCGGUUUUGAUGUCAAUGGGAAAAGGAGUAGGCGAAGAAGGUAUUUUAUCAGGAAAAUCGCCCAGUAGGCUUUCCAGGCUUUUGCAAAGAAAAAAGACACGAAAUCUUCUCAUUACAAGUAAAGGAAGAGCCUUAUUUGUUACUGAAGAAAGUAAUGGAGAAAAAAAAGUUAAAAGCGAAAUCCCUUUAGGAAAAUCAAAUAUAAAAAUAAGAUUAGAAGGAAAAAGUGGAAGGUUAUGGGUAAUAGAAACACCAAAUAAAGUAUAUAAUUUUGAUGACCUUCACAAACGUGCAGUAGAAUGGGUAGAACUUAUCAAAAAAGUUAACAAAGAAUGCUGCAAUCACUAA